AAAACUAUCAUGAUGGCCGUUACGUUAUUAUGACAAGAGAUACGUCAAACGUGUUCCUGAUUUCGUUGGUCCUUCAUGUAUACACAAACAAUAAAAAUGCCGGUCCAGAAAGAUACAAAUAUCGUAAAAAUCGCUGUUCAGAUGACGGAACAAGUACCACAACUUAUUGAAUUUAAUCAAAAACAUCCACUUACUGCUAUUAUUCAGGAAUUGUGUAAUGGGUGGGGUCUUUCUGAUCCUGAAUCAUAUUCAUUACAAUUUUCGGAGAGUAACAAUCAAAAUUAUAUCACAGAAAAAAAUCGUAAUGAAGUAAAAAAUGGUAGUAUUUUGAGAUUGGAAUUUUCCCCCUCUAAAACAGCCUGUGAUAUUCUAACCAAGCUCAAUAAUGGGACUAUGGAAGAAAAAAUUACUGCUUUGCAAAAAUUGAGCACUCUUAGCACAGAUAUGACAUUUGCAUUAGAAUUUAUUAACAAGCAAGGAUUAGCUUUAAUUAUAUCACAGGUGGAAGGCGAAAAGUAUAAGGGAAAUGCACUUGCAUAUUCACUUCAAUCAUUUGUGGAGCUAAUGGAUCAUGGAAUUGUUUCAUGGGAUAUACUAGAGACACCUUUUAUUAAUAAAGUAGCAAGCUAUGUGAACAAUCAAGCUGUAAUUCAAGAUACUAGUAUUAUUGAAGCUUCACUUAGCAUUCUUGAAAAUAUAGUAUUAAAUUCAUCAGGAAAAUAUGGACAAGUUGAAAAAGAAGUUACAUUUCCUAAUCUAGUGAUGCAUUUACAAAGUGCUCGUCCACAAAUACAACAAAAUGCAAUAGCUCUAAUAAAUGCCUUAUUUCUUAAGGCUGAUUUAUCUAAACGUAGAGCUGUUGCUGCAACUCUUCAAUCUAAACAAGUUAGAAAUGUAUUUUUGACGAAUAUCAUACAAUCUACUGGUCAGGUUGGUGCAGAAAUGGCACACCAAUUAUAUGUACUUCAAACACUUAUGUUAAGUUUGUGGGAACAGCGUAUGAUGACAAAAAUGGAUCCACAAGAUCAAGAUGCACAUGAUAAGAUUAAAGAACUUCGAAGAAUUGCUUUUGAUACUGAAGGAGCUGUAGGUGGAGAUAUUACUGCUAGAAAACAGGGUCUUUUUGCUAAGGAUUAUAAAAAAUUGGGUUUCAAAUAUGAUAUUAAUCCUGCUCUUGAUUUUACUGAAACUCCACCCGGCAUGCUUGCUUUAGACUGUAUGGUUUAUUUUGCACGUAAUCAUACUGAAGCUUAUACUAAAGUUGUUUUAGAAAACUCUUGCAGGGCAGAUGAACAUGAAUGUCCUUUUGGUAGAACAAGUGUGGAGCUUGUCAAAUUACUUUGUGAAGUUUUACGUAUUGGAGAAGCACCUAGUGAACAGGGACAAUCAUAUCAUCCUAUGUUUUUUACACAUGAUCAUCCAUUUGAAGAGUUCUAUUGUGUAUGCAUAGUCCUUUUAAAUAAGACUUGGAAAGAAAUGAGAGCCACCACUGAAGAUUUUGUAAAAGUAUUUUCUGUUGUCAGAGAACAAAUUACUAGAGCACUUCAGUGUAAACCUACAGCAUUGGAUAAAUUCAAAAAUAAAUUACAACAAUUAACAUAUUCGACAAUUACUAAUUUAUGGCAACAAGAAAGGACUAGCAGGGAAGAGUGGGAAAGUCAUGCAAGACCCAUAGUUGAGCUCAGAGAACAAAUUACACCUGAAAUCUUAGAACUUAUUCAACAACAACGCUUAGGAUUCUUAGUAGAAGGCACCAGAUUUAUGAAAUAUAGCGCUAGAGGACAGAGAAUAAAGGAUAAGUUCUGGUACGUUCGACUUUCACCAAAUCACAAAGUAUUCCAUUAUGGUGACUGUGAUGAAAAAUCAGUACCAACAAUAGAUGAACUUCCUACAAAAUUAGCUGUUGUUGAAAUUCGUGCUUUACUGACUGGUAGAGAUUGUCCCCAUAUGAAGGAUUUGCAGCGACGGAAAACUACGCAUCAGUUGGCUUUUUCUUUAAUUUUAGAUUCUGUAGAAGUCUCAAGCCUAGAUUUCGUUGCUCCUGAUGAACAAGUUUUUGAUUAUUGGACAGAUGGCAUUAAUGCUUUACUUGGUAGUAGAAUGACCAGUAAAGAGGCGGAAAAUGAUUUGGAGACAUUAUUAUCCAUGGACAUUAAACUAAGACUUUUAGAUACGGAAGGAAUUGAUAUUCCCCAAGAUCCGCCUGCUAUUCCCGAUCCUCCAUCAAAUUAUGAUUUUUGUUAUGAAUUAAAAUAAGAAUUUUGUCUUAUAUAUGUUCAAUAAUUGUUAUAAUAAUUUAACAUAAGAUAUAUUGGCAAGGUAAUGCUUAAAUAUUUAUAUGUCAAAGAGAAAACUAAUUAUAAGCUAUAACAAACUAUAAUAAGCUA